CUGUCGCGUUGGCGCUGCGGAGGCCCGGGAGGGUCCGGGGGCGCCAUGACCAACGUUUACUCGCUGGAUGGGCUCCUGGUGUUCGGGCUGCUACUGGUUUGCACUUGUGCAUACCUGCGGAAGGUGCCCCGACUGCGCACCUGGCUCCUGUCCGAGCGCAGGGGCGUCUGGGGAGUCUGCCACAAGGCUGCUGUGAUUGGGACCCGUCUGCACGUGGCUGUGUCCGUGUCUUGUCUUCUCAUGGCCUUCUACGUCCUUGUGGGAGAGUGACCGCAUGGGGAGCUGCUGGUGACGUGGGAGAGACCCUGGGACCAACUAGAGAUCUUGUGACUGAUUCUGAAGACCCCAGUAUGGACCAGAGACCCCGGUACUGAUCCCACUGUCCCAGUACCAACCAGAGACACCGGUACUGACCCUGAACCACCCCCAGUCCUGCCUCUAGCAGCAAUCUGGAUCAUGUAUGUGGCAACCCAGGGACCAUCAUGUCCCAUCGGCCUCCGUGAACCCACCGAGGGCAACUAUGGGGGCCAACAGAGCACCUUUGGACUGUUGGAAAAUGAUUUCUCGUGAAUUCUGUAGAGAAGUGGGUGAAAGGACCCCCAGGACUGGGGGACCCAGCUCUGCCUUGCUAGCCCCUUCUCUUGACUCUGAGCAGGAUCCUAGUGCAAUCAUGGCAGGCUGUGGGGGCCAAGCAGGGCCCCUCUCCCUGCCAUUAUUGGCAUCUUCCUAUGCUCCUGCAGCGUGGAGGCCCCUCAGGGGGGGUCUUGUUCUGCAGUGGGGGGUUGCUGAUACUCCCAGGUUGUAAAUACCGGACUACCACAUACAAAUAAAGUGGGGGUUCUUCUGUGGCA